AUGCCUUCCUCCACGCUAGACCAGAGUCAAUUCGACUCCAUCCCCUCCUGCAUCGAGUCCUUCAAGAACGGUGAAUUCCUCGUCGUCCUCGACGACCCCUCCCGCGAGAACGAAGCCGACCUCGUCAUCGCCGCCGAGAGCAUCACCAAGGAGCAGAUGGCCUUCAUGGUCCGCCACUCCUCCGGCCUCAUCUGCGCCCCCAUCAGCGCCGCCCUGACGGAGAAGUACGCCCUCCCCCAGAUGGUCGCCAAGACCGAGGACCCCCGCGGCACCGCCUACACCGUCUCCGUCGACGCCUCCCACGAGUCCGUCACCACCGGCAUCAGCGCCUACGACCGCUCCCUCGCCUGCCGCACCCUCGCCGACCCCGCGGCCACUGCGGCCAGCUUCCGGAGGCCUGGUCACGUCCUGCCCCUCCUCUCGCGCCCCGGCGGCGUCCGCAUCCGAAGGGGCCACACCGAGGCCACCACCGAGUUCUGCCGCCUGGCCGGCAAGGUCGAGGCGGGCGUGAUAUGCGAGCUGGUGGACGACGGGCAGGUCGUCCCCGGCCGGGCCAUCCACACCGACCCGGGGAUGCUGCGCGGCGAGGCCUGCGUCGCCUUUGCCAGGAAAUGGGGGAUCAAGGUCUGCACCAUCGCGGACCUGGUCGACUACGUGGAGAAGACGGAGGGGCCUCUCCAGCUCAACGGGUCUGGGGAGUAA